AUGGACACCGAAAAAGAAAUAGCGCCUACUCCAGACGUCGUCCCUGAUGCCGAGGCAGCACCGCCCAAGGACGCUCGCUUCUGGCUCAUCUUCGUUGCCAUCAGCUGCGUGACGUUCCUGGUCGCGUUGGAUACGUCCAUCAUCUCGACAGCGCUCCCGACAAUCACAGCCAAGCUCAACUCGGGCGAGCUCUACGUAUGGAUCAUUAACUCCUACCUCCUGGCCGCGACAACCUCGGCGCCGUUAUUUGGUCAGGCCGCCGACAUCUUCGGUCGUCGUGCAGCCACUGUAGCCUCUCUGCUGCUCUUUGCUGCUGGAAGUGCCAUCUCAGGAGCAGCCACGAGCACGGGUAUGCUGAUUGCCGGCCGAACAAUCCAGGGCUUUGGCGGAGGCGGCAUUGCAACUCUGUCCGAGGUCGUCGUGUGCGACUUGGUCUCUCUUCGCGAACGAGGCCAGUAUGCAGGCAUCAUCAGCUCCGUCUGGGCCAUUGCCGCCGUCGUGGGUCCCAUCAUCGGCGGUGCCUUUACGCAGAACAUCACUUGGCGCUGGAUCUUCUACCUCAACUUGCCCAUCUCGGGAGUGACGCUUGCUCUGGUGCUUGUGUUGCUCAAGAUGCGCAACCCUCGCCAGGGCACCAUCAUGGAGCGUCUUGCCUGCGUCGAUUGGGCUGGAUAUGCCAUCCUGACGGCAUCUGUGACUGCAAUGCUGCUGGCCCUCACCUGGGGAGGCACCAUUCACGACUGGUCAUCAUGGAGAACCAUUGUGCCGCUGGUCUUGGGCUUUGUUGGCCUGCUCGGAUUCUUCGCAUACGAGGCUGCCCCUUGGGUCAAGGAGCCCGUGAUGCCUCUCCGUCUCUUCGGAAACCGCACCGCGGCCGCAACGUUGGCCAUCAGCUUCGUCCACAGCGUGCUGCUCUUCUGGGUCUGCUACUUCCUGCCCGUCUACUUCCAGGCCGUUCUCAAUGCUACUCCCGCCCGAUCGGCCGUCAUGCUGUUCCCAAUUGCCACGACAACAGCCCCUGCAGGCAUCAUUUCCGGUGUCAUGAUCACCAAGACCGGCCGAUACCGCCGAUGGCACUAUAUUGGAUUCAGUCUCAUGGCGAUUGGCUGCGGUCUCUUCACCCUGUUGGACGAGCACUCGUCUACCGGCCGCUGGGUUGGUUUCCAGAUCAUCUUUGGCUUCGGCUGCGGAUUUGUCUUCACCAGCUGUCUGCCUGCCAUCCUGGCCAGUCUCCCAGAGUCUGAAGUGGCACUUGCUACUGCAACCUGGACCUUUUUGCGCAACUUGGGAUCUAUCUGGGGAGUUGCCAUUCCCUCUGCCAUCUUCAACGCUCACGCCGACAAGGUUGCUCAGACCGUUUCCGAUGCUUCGUUGCGUCAACUUUUGCUUCACGGCGGUGCGUACGAGCAUGCCACUCGCUCGUUUGUGGCCACUUUCAAGGGUGACGCUGCUCUUUACCAGACAAUUUUGAACCUCUACGUAUCCAGCUUGAAGAUUGUGUGGCAGGGAUCAAUUGGCUUUGCCGUAUUUGGUGUAGUUCUUGCCCUCGCACUGAAGGCUUACAAGCUGCGUGAUGAGCUAAACACUGACCUGUCAGAGGUGGAGAAGAAUGCUGGAGAAGAAGAAGCCAAGCCGUAA